CACCUGUGACUCUCGGCUACGCUCGCCCUCUACCCGCCCGGCGCCGCCGCGGCCCCAUGGCCCCGUCACGGCUGCAGCUCGGCCUCCGCGCCGCCUACUCCGGCGUCAGCUCCGUGGCCGGCUUCUCCAUCUUCCUCGUCUGGACCGUGGUCUACCGACAGCCGGGCACUGCGGCCAUGGGGGGGCUCGCAGGCUUCCCCUGGACUCUGACCCAGAUCAGCUGUGGAUCUGCCUUCUGCGAGAGGCACUGGUUUGAUCUUUGACAGCUAGAGCUGGCUCUCAGAACCUUUGAAUGGGGAGGAUCUUGGGGCUUAUCUGCUCAGUGCCUUGGUGGUGUGAGAAGAGAGGUGUGCUGGCGCUGUGGGCCCUGGUGACGCACGUGAUGUACAUGCAGGAUUACUGGAGGACUUGGCUCAAGGGGCUGCGUGGCUUCUUCUUCGUGGGCGUGCUCUUCUCAGCUAUCUCUGUUGCUGCCUUCUGCACCUUCCUCACGUUGGCCAUCACCCAGCACCAGAGUUUCACAGACCCCACCAGCUACUACCUUUCCUGUGUCUGGAGCUUCAUUUCCUUCAAGUGGGCCUUCCUGCUCAGCCUGUAUGCCCACCGCUACCGGGCCGAUUUUGCUGACAUCAGUAUCCUGAGUGACUUCUGACCCAGGGAGCAAGGUCACUGUGACCUGGGGGCCCUACGGACCUGAACUCAGCCUCUGAGACCUGGGGCAGCCCUGUCUGCAGCCCCUGGGGACAGCAGAACUGUGGCAGAAGAUACACAGCAGGAUCAGCGUGGCUUCCCAGGAAUCUCGUUGGUCCCCUAUGGGGUGCAGUGGAAAGGUGUCCUUCUGUGUUGCCCACUGGCCUGGCUGAAGGGCAGCUUCAGCCCUUUCCAAAUGGAUCUAUUUUCUUAGCACUCAGUGGAAUCUUUGUAAGUAGGGCUUGGUCAACAAAAUCACAGGGUUCAGGGGUCGGACUGCAAGUCCUCGACCUGUGCUAGAGCAGGUGGUUUGCUCCCUGCUGGCCCAGGCCCUUGCUGAGGCUGGGAGCCCAGGUCCACUGAUAAACCUGUUAAGAGACCCCCUGGUCCCAGGCCCCAGCAUCCCCAACCUGUUAUCUCUGGGGGGAUGGUCAGGUGGUGGAUGGCAUCAGUCUGAAGGAGAUGACAUUCCUUAAGGCCUGGGGGUUGAGUCGAGAGUUCAGUGCCCCUGUCCCCACUCUUCCACCAGAGCUGGUCUCCCUUGAGUGUGUGCUCUGGCCAGCGGCCAUUCCUGUCACAUAUGUCUACACAGCCUAGAGCACUAGGCUGAGGGCACUAAGGGCUCUGUGCAUCUGCCCCCAGGAGCCCUAUGGGCACUCCUUCGCUGCCAGCCCUGUGCCUCCUCACUGCCCCAGGCACCAGUCAUCCCACUCCCCCCCUACUGACUGCCCUCUGACCGAGCUGCCCUCUCCUAACGGCCCCUUAUGAGGGACUGCUUUUCUGCCCAUGCACUGGCUCACCAGCUUGCCCCCCUUGGAGGAAGGGCUCCAUAUAUGUGGAUCUUCCAUAUUAGGUUGCCAUUCUGCACGUCCACUCCUUUUCCAUCUGAUGUGUCCUGCUCCCGGUUCUUUUCCUUACCCAUGUCACUGUCACUUCAGCAGAAAUACAGCAGUCAUUUGUAUCUGA